UUCAUCCCGCGUGAGAUGCGCAAUCCCGUGCGCGAUUGCGGAAAACGCCUCGAGACGAUCCUGUCAUCUGGCGACAAGCUGCGAAAACCGUUGUGUCUGCUGAACGCGGCCAAUGGCAUUUGUUUACCAGAAGCCUCAGUUAUACCUGCUGCCAACAGAGGGACGCGGGACCUUCUUCUUCUCUUAGUUCGUGGUGAACGUCCGAAAAUGACGAGCAAGGCAAAAGCGCCCAAGACGAAAGAAGGCGCUCCUGAGGAAACGCCGCUGAGAAAGAGGCCUUUCAAGCGACACGGGCGACUGUACGCAAAGGCGAUUUUCACCGGCUACAAGCGCGGUUUGCGUAAUCAGCACGAGCAUACAGCCUUGCUUAAAAUUGAGGGAGCUGGUACAAAGAAAGACUCGGAUUUCUACGUAGGAAAACGAUGCGUUUAUGUAUAUAAGGCCAAGAACAAGACUCCGGUACCCGGGAAGACUACGAAGAAAACAAAGGUUAGAGCCAUCUGGGGCAAAGUCACCCGUCCCCAUGGCGCAAGUGGGUCGGUGCGCGCUAAGUUUAAGAGGAAUCUACCGGCCAAGGCCAUGGGUCGCCGCAUCAGAAUUAUGCUGUAUCCCAGUCGGAUAUAGAUCUUGUAUAAUAUAAACAAAUAAAUACCAUUUUGGUACUAAAAUCCAUUGGUUCUGUGCAC